AUGCGGCCUCAACGGGAGUACCACAUUGUUGUGCUGGGCGCUGCUCAAUUUGUCCAAAAUGUCUGGAUCGAAAGCUAUGAUCCUACCAUCGAGGAUUCAUACCGGAAACAGAUCGAGGUGGAUGGCCGACAAUGCAUCUUAGAAAUUCUGGAUACUGCCGGAACGGAACAGUUCACGGCCAUGAGAGAAAUCUACAUGAAGCAGGGCCAAGGCUUCCUCCUCGUGUUCUCAAUAACAAGCAACUCCUCACUGAACGAACUCUCCGAACUGCGCGAACAAAUCAUCCGAAUCAAAGACGACGAGAACGUCCCGCUCGUGAUAGUCGGCAACAAAUCCGACCUGGAAGACGACCGCGCCGUGCCCCGCGCACGCGCCUUCGGCCUCUCCCAAAGCUGGGGCAACGCGCCCUACUACGAGACCUCUGCGCGGCGCCGCGCAAAUGUCAACGAGGUCUUCAUUGACUUGUGUCGUCAGAUUAUUCGCAAGGAUCUAGGCGAGCCGACUGAGUUUCGGAAGACGCGCGAGGGGCCGGUUCUUCGUCAGGAUAAGGCAAAGAGGCAGAGUCGUCGUGCUGGUGGGAGGUGUGUUAUUCUCUGA